CUUCAAGAUGGAGCAAGAUCGUUUAAGACUUACUGAUCUCCCAACCGACGUUCUACGUCGUAUCAUAACAUAUAUCGCUACGUCUGAUGAAGGAGCAAGGGACUUUGCCAAAGCUCUAUCGGUUUGCAAAGCUUUCAACCGGUUUUCCAAUGAUAGAGAAAUACUGAAGGUCACAAAUUUUGACAAUAUGGAUCAACACUAUCUUAAUGAUGCUUUAUGGGACGACAAUGGACUACUAACUAGAUGUGCUACCGUCGGAAAUGAAGGCGCGCGUCUAAUUAUCCAACAAAUUCCAUUUCUGUUGUUGGGUAUGGGACAAAAUUGAAUUUGCUUGCUUUAUUAUUGUGUGUUGAUCUAGACAUCGUAUUCGUAUUUCAGAAUCAUGUUUUCUUUGUUUCUAUGUACUAUGCAAAUGAUCUCAAUAAUGUU